GACUCCCAAAACAUCACGCGUUCCGGCGUGUUUUGUUGACAUAUUUACGUUCUAAUAGGUUAUCGUUUCUGUCGUUUAGAAUUAACGGGUUAACAGGCGCUUGAAAAAACUCAGCCUUGAAAAAUAAGAACGAAAAUAUUCGGUGAUUAAAAUAAAACUUUGAUGUUUUCGUAAUGGAGAACGAAUCAGUUUUUUUUUCUGAAUACGCACAAGAGCUAACGACGAAUGACCGUGAAAUAAUGAAUCGGCGUAGUGUUCGUUCGAAAAUGUGGUUUCAAAAUUCUCGACACUUGAAGAUUAAUAUGGAACGAAAAACAGUUAAUUCAGACCCUUGGAAUGUUUCGGCUCACAUUUUCGCAGAAUUCAUUUGAAGGAUGACUAAUAAAUAGUGAUACGGAUGAUGACAUUUAAAAAAAUGUUGUGCUCGUAAUAAUCCGUGGAUGGAAAUGUGCGCGGACAGCUCGAAUGGAUAAUAUGUGAACUGUUGUGAGAAGAAGCAAUGUAAAAAAAGUCCCCUCCGCUAAUUAAGAUGGCCUUGUCGUAGCGCCUGGUAAAAUUAUUUUAUUUACGAACCCGUGGAUAUCAUGCGUUCGGAAGCGCGGCGCCGUACACUUUUCGAACUUUCACCGAAGCCAACCGAAGCUCACGCUCGUUCGCUCUCCUUGUCUCGACGUUCUGCACCAAGUUUUAUAUUAACAAUAAAAUUAUGCACGAUUUUUUUUCUUUUCAAUAAAUUUCAAAGCAUCAUUGAAUCUUCAUUUCUUCGAAAUUCCAAACAAUUCGAAGUUUAUUCAUCUUUUUUCUUUUAAUCUUUUCAUCAAUGCGAAAAAUAGCACGAUCAAAGCCACGUUUUUUUCUCAAGUCCACAAAGUUUUUCCUCAAAAACAAAAACUUCGAAAUGGCUACUUACGAAACGGUUACCCGAAAAAACUAUUCACUUUACAUAAGAGCGAAGAUGAAUUACGAAAAUCUACAGAAAACUGUACACCCCGAACGUUGGCUGCUUGUCACCUCGCAGGCUUCCAGAGACAAUCGUAUCGGAACAAAUCAUUGUUAUGAUAUCGUAGUUGACCGUUACAUCCCAAGGGCGUACUUCGUGUGCAGUUUUUUUCUACGGGGUUGCAUACCAUGUAAAUGUCAAUAAUAAAAAAAAAAAAAUACGAACACCUUUUUCAGCGACUCAAGCUCGCUGUUUACAACGAUUCAAAUAAUUUGUCGCGAAAAAAAGGAAUUUCGAACGCUAUCAAGAUUUUUAUUGACAUCGAACAUUCAAAGCUUUUUCCCCACCCAGGAAAUGCAUGAAAAAUAAAUAAACGCCGAUUCUUAAUUCUGCAAGACGUUGACGACUAAAAGCUCCGAGCUGAGCGGCUGUCAAGCAGCAAAAUCGCAGUAAAUAUCAUACAUCGUGACAGAACCAAAUGUUCUCGUUAAGCGAAAAAACAGGCAUCACUACGAUCGUUAAAAUUCAACAAACUAUGUACGCGACUGAAUGAUUUACCUGAUCGUAGAAUGUCGUCAUUGGAAUCGAAGGAUCAAACGACUGAAGAAAACGAGACAAAAUCCGAAAAAGUUACGGACCAAUGUGGACUCGCCAGGGCUUCGAAAUUGUCGACUCACGUACGCUCGCACUCGAUUUCCGUUCUGAAGAGCAAAAUUCCAACGAACAUCAGCCAUGCUAUGCGCUCAGGACAAACGGUCCAAUCGCCGCACCCACAGCCCGUGUCGUCCGACGACGGGGCAAUCGGUAAAACAUCGUCAGCUAAUUCGGGAGGACUCCCCGCUUCGAAAAGCCUCACGGUCGCCUCAACGCCUUCAGUCGUCACUAAAACGAAUAAAUCGUCGAGCAACUCCACCGGGAACUCGACGAUGCAAAGUAGGCUUUUGGAAAGCCAAUUUUCAACCAAGAAAAAACGCUACGUCAGCCUUAGGAAGGAAUUGACAGAGAAACAGAAAAAUGCCACGGAGCUCUACAGCGAAAUAUCGCAAAUUCGUGAAAAAUUGUUAGCCAAAGGUUGCAGAGAUCCUGGGAAAGUGGAGACAUUAAACUUCCCAUCUGCUGCAAUGGAGAAUAAUCUGGCGAGUGUGGGCAACGAGGGGGGGCGUCAUCUUGACGGAAGUGGCGAGCAUGCUUCCGGUCCAGCUGUAUCGUUGACGAACGAGUUCUUAGCAGCGGCUGUUUCGAAAAUCCGAGAAUUGCCGAAACGUUUUUCCGACUUGUGUAACGAGAUGUUGCUUCAGCGUUCGGAAAUAAUAAAGUCGCUCGAAAAAAUCGAAAGAGCCAAAGAAAAGGGGGAACUUGAAGUUUUAAUAGCCAAAGAAAUGGAAAAUUUGAAGAACCAUUCCGUCUCUUUGGAAUCCCGAUUCGAAGAAGCGCAAAAACUAAACGACGCUCUCAUCACGGAGACGAUAGAAAAACUUUCGACUCUUUGGAACGAACUGGAGUCGUCGAACGAGAAAAUUCUCCAACUACAGAAUAACGAUUAUGAAAUCGAUAAGGAAAUACAUGUCAAACUGGACAACGCGAUGAGAGAAAAAAAAUUGGCCGAGGCAGAGUCUGCACGAUUGCGGGAACGCGAAAUUUCUUCGGAGGCUGAGGUACUAAAAUUGCGAACAAAACUACGAGAAAUGGAGACGAAAAUCAGCGAAGGGGAUCAGAAAAUUGCAAGAUUGCAGAACCAUGCUAAGCAUUUGGAAAUGCAAUUAAAACAAAAAGAUUCAAAUGCUGAUAAACUAAAAGAUAUGGAAAAAAGUUUGAAAAAUUCUCAAAGCCUCCUAACGAAAACAGAAAAACAACGAGAUUGCUUGGAAACCAAAUUAGCCGAGAUGAAGAAACAUUUGGGUUCCAAGGAGAAAGAGAGUGAGAAUAAAAUUAAACAAAUUUCCAGUAAACUCGCUGAGGCGAAUCUCGAGCUUGCCAAACAACGCGGAGAAAGGGGUGACGCGGCGACGGAUAAAAACGAUUCUCUGCAUACCUCGGAUCGGCGAUUGGCUGAACGCGACGAAAAAAUAAAAACGCUUCAACUUCAGAAGCAGGAAAUAAUAAGGGCUGUUGAUCCCGGCUUAUUGGGGGACGAUUGUGAUCUUGCAUCCAACGACGCGGAUGAAGCGCACACGAAAAUAGUUUAUUUGUUGAAAAAAUCUUUCGAAGUCCUUCGUCUCGAAUCUGACAGUCAAAAGGAAAAAGCUGAGAAGCUGCAGCAACAACUGAGAGCAUUAAAUUCGGGCGGGCACUACAUGGACAAACCGUUCACGGCACAGCACGUAAAAGAUCUUGAAAAGCAGUUGAACGAAUUGCGUGCGAGCCUCAAAGAGUAUUCGCGUCGUAAUAAGCAGCUGGAACUAGCGCUCGGCCAGAAAGAGCUCGAGUGUGAAAAACAGACUCGAAUAUUGAAGGAGCGUAACAACAUAAUGAAGGUUCGAGAUGAGGUGAUCGAUCUUGUAACAGGAAGUACGAAGCUACGUGACAAGAGCUUGGACAGUCAUCGAUCUUCUAUGAACAAGGGUUGUCAUUUCCGAGAACGAGAUCAGGUGGACAGGCAGAUUGCCGAAAAAACAGAAAAUCUUCAAGAAUUGUAUUCCACGCUCGAGUCGAAGCAGAUGCAGAUAACCCGAUUGGAGCAACUGGUUGAGCAAAUGGAGAUUCAACAAGAACGAGCCCAGGAGCAACGUACUCGUUUGGAGAAGAAAAUAGCGCAGCUGCAACUGGCAAUGCACUGCAGAAAAGGUCAUCGGAGUAGGGGCUGGCUCAGCAUCCUGUAAGGAAUGUUUUUAAUCCUCCUCAGCGAUCCAAACAAUCGUAGAUCCGAGCCCUUAACAAUUGGUACACGUUUUUGCAAAUAUCUUUCUAUCGCCAAUUUGCGAACCAUCGAAUUAUAAAAUCGACACUUUCGUGGUUCCCCUCGUCCGUGCGGUCUAUAAAUAUUCAUCUGUAUAUACAUGAAGUGCGUUGUCUUCAAAUUUACCAUCGUGUGGAUACUCGAGAACGACUGAUUCUACUAAUUACAAACCUCGCACAAAUCCAACUGUGUUUUAUAAAUUAUGUAUUUUUGUAUCGACUUUAUUAUUUUACAAUGAAACGUUAUUUAAAAAUUCAUUAAUCAUUUACAUUUA